AUGGUUAAUAAGUUGGUUGUCGUAUCCAUGGACAAUCCAUUAGAUGGUGCCAUGGGUGGUCCACACAGACUCAGCAAGCAUAGAGGUCCUCUUCGGGACAAUCAACUGCAAUACACAAGUGGUGGUUGUCAGGCAGUAUGGGACGGAUUCCUGUGCUGGCCAUCUACUCCCUCCAAUUCUCUUGUCCGGCUGCCCUGUCCGGCAGAGAAAGGAAUUGACACAACAAAGUUCGCGAGCAGGUACUGUGAAGAAAAUGGGGAGUGGAGGAGGCAUCCCAUACAGAAUGCAGGAGGUUGGAGUAAUUAUACAGACUGUUUCACCAAAGAAAUUAAACUCCUUCUGGACAAACUCUACUCUAGUUCACACAAUGAUGUCCUGAGAAAGAUAGAGAUUGCGAAAGAGACUCGAGUCAUAGAGAUGACAGGAUUGAGUAUUUCUCUUCUAUUUCUUCUCAUUUCCAUCUUCAUCUUCGUCCACUUCAGCUCCUUGAAGAACAAACGUACACGAAUUCACAAGAAUCUUUUCUUUGCAAUGUUCGGACAAGUCUUCAUUCGCCUCAUUCUCUAUUCGGACCAGUGGUUGUCCAGGAAUUCCAUUGAAGAUGCCAUCCACUCUGACAGUCCCUACAGCCUCGAAAAUCAGCCCAUUUUGUGUGAAUUAUGUUACGUGCUUAUGGAAUAUUCCAGAACAUCAGUGUUCAUGUGGAUGUUCUUGGAAGGUAUACACCUGCACACAAGUAUUGUCUUAGUCUUUCCAAGGGAUUUUCAUUUCUUUCAUUUUCACAUUAUUGGAUGGGGUGAGUAUCAUCAAUUUAUCUUUUGCACUAAAAGCGGAAUGCCUCUUAUAUUCAUCAUAAGUUGGGCUUCUGUCAUGUCUCUCCACUACCCAUCCACACUAUGUUGGUGGGGAUAUGCUCUUAGUCCAUAUUACUGGAUUUUGGAAGGACCGAGAGUUUGUAUCAUAUUGAUUAAUUUCAUGAUAUUGCUGAACAUUGUGUGCAUCGUUGUGAUGAAAGUUCAAGUCAACACAUCCAGUGAGUUUCAACAGAUUAGAAAAGCAGUUAGAGCCGCAUUGCUUCUACUUCCUCUCUUAGGCAUUACCAACAUCUUCGACAUGAUACCGGGUCCCGUAGAGGGAACACCUCAAGAGUUUGCAGCCUGGGCCUACACGGCACACAUUCUUUCUGCUUCGCAGGGUUUCUUCAUAUCGCUCUUCUAUUGUUUCUUAAACAAAGAGGUGCAGGAAGCUAUCUGUAAACACUGGAACAACUACAGCUCUUCCAACAAAUCUUUGCUCGUAUGCUGGUCGAAGACAGAGGGUUGUUCUCUUCCAAAGAUACGGCCCAUGACUGAAGAAGAAGAAGAGGAAGAAUCGAAAGAUGAUCCCGUUUGAUUUCCAUGUUAUUCCCUUUGUUCGAUGCACUUUCUCCAAGAAGGAUUUUGUAUGUUUUUAACAGGACCAUUGAUGGCAUCAACCCUGUACUCUACCCAUGUGUCUUUCACCUGAUUUUCCUAUACCAAGAAUUAAUGUAUAUAUGUACUAUAAAGAAACAAAAAAAUAAUAAUAAAAAAAUUAAA